ACACCAUGUCCAUGUGGUAACCUUUCCCAAAACCCUCAAGACAAACCAUUUUCGCUCCAAAGAACCAUCUCCCGAUUUCUCCACAUGGAAUCACUCCCCAUUAUUACUCUGGCCAUCUCCUUCCUCUGCCUCUCCUUCUACAUCCUCGCCGACAGUCGCCGCCGGCGCCGCCGAUCCGACAACCAAACCCGAUUCCCACCCGAACCAGCCAACCCAUGGCCGAUCAUCGGCCACCUCCCAGUAAUGGCCGGCCGGGAGCUCCCCCACAGAGCACUCGCCGCCUUGGCCGACAAAUACGGCCCCGUUUUCACCCUCCGCCUCGGAAUCAACCGCGUUCUGAUCGUCAGCAGCCCUGAAAUCGCCAAGGAGCUCUUCACCACCAAAGACACGGUGGCGCUCUCCCGCCCCGCAAUCACCGCCACGAAGGUAUUCUCCUACGAUUACGCCGUCUUCGGGAUGGGCCCGCACGGCGAUUACUGGCGGGAAACGAGGAAAAUCUCAGUCCUCGAGCUCCUCUCCGCCCGCCGAUUGGAGCUUCUCCGACACUUCAGAGAAUCCGAAGUCCAGAAAUCGAUAAACGAACUGUACAAUCAAAUUGGGCGCGACCCAGAAAUUGAUUUGAAGAAGUGGAUUGGGGAUUUGAGCCUCAAUUUGAUGUUGAAAUUGGUUGCGGGGAAGAGCUCCUCUGUUUCUGACUCUGUUUCUCUCGUGGGGUUUAAGAACUGUGUCAGAGAGCUUUUCAAGUACGGCGGGACGUUUGUUGUGGGAGAUGCGCUGCCGUUUCUCCGGUGGAUGGAUAUCGGCGGGCAUGAGAAGAAGAUGAAAAUGGUAGCGAGGGAAAUGGAUGGGUACCUUCAGCAAUGGCUGGAUGAACACAAGGAAAACAGGGGAGAGAAAAAAACAGAGCUUGAUUUCAUUUACGUUCUGCUCUCCCUUCUCGACGGACAAUCUCUCCACGGAUAUGACUCCGAUACCAUCAUCAAAGCCAUGUCACUGAGCAUGAUUUCAGGAGGAACAGACACGACCAACGUCUCCGUAGUAUGGGCCAUGGCUCUCCUCCUCAACAACCGCCACGUGCUCCUCAAGGCCCAGACCGAACUCAACGACGUCGUUCCCAGGAACCGAGCUGUGACGGAGUCCGACAUUGGCAACUUGGUCUACCUCCAAGCCGUCGUCAAAGAAGCCAUGCGGAUGUACCCGGCGGCGCCCCUCCUGGCCGCGCGUGAAUUCAUCACCGACUGCCGCGUGGGCGGGUACGAGGUCCGGAAGGGCACGUGGCUGAUGGUGAACGCGUGGAGGAUCCAGAACGACCCGGCCGUGUGGCCCGACCCGACACGGUUCGACCCGGAACGGUUCCUGACGGCGGAGUAUGGAGAGAUUGAUGUGAAGGGACACCAUUUCGAGUUGUUCCCGUUCGGCAGCGGGAGGCGGGCGUGUCCCGGGAUGAAUCUGGGCCUUCAGAUGGUGCAUUUGUCGCUGGCGAGUUUUUUGCAUGCGUUUGAUUUUAAGACGGUGGGAGAUGAGGCGGUGGAUAUGACGGAGAGCUUUGGGAUGACGAAUAUGAUGGCGGCGCCGCUUCAGGUUGUGGCUUCGCCGCGGUUGUCUCGUGAUGUUUAUGCCUAGUAUUUUGUACUUUUAGCGACCAUGAAUUGAAUCGUUGCAAUAUAUGUUACGAGUAUCGUCGAACCUGCAUUCCAUAGACCUAUGCCAUUACGACUUGGCUAUUGAGACGAAGAAGGGCCAUUUUUUUUGGAGUACUUAUUUGACCUUUUUAUAUUUGUUUCUGAGUUUUGUGUGUGGCUGGGCUGUGAUCCCCGAGAUGCCGAUUCCCCUUUCCUGUACCUUUGUUUUUUAUUUUUUUGUUUUUGCCUUCCUUUUAAACUCUUUUAAGAUUUAUUUAAUUAAUGAAUUUCACCCUUACUUCGUCGGGGAAGAGGAAGGGGUAAAUAACUGGCGACCGGUCGGGGCAGAGUUGGGUUGGAGUCAGUUAAUUGGCUG